GUCCCAUCGGCUCUCCCCAGCCCUUGGCCGCCGUCUCGACCUCACCAAAGCAGGCACCAAACAUCAAGCACCAAGCAUACACCGGCAUGGCCCUUCCCAGCGCCGAGUCGCUCGCCCCAUACCGAUUCGUCGUCGUUCCCGCAGCGGUUUUGGUCGUCUCGGCCUUGCUCCUGUUCACUCGCAGUAGCAGACGCCGCCGCCGCCGCUCGCAGCCUUACCCUCCGUCGCCCGCAUCGCUGCCCAUCAUUGGCCAUGCCCAUCUCCUCAUGAGUGCCGAGAGUCCAUACGUAGGGCUCACGGAGAUAGGCGAGCAGCUGCAAGGGGACAUCUUCAGGAUCGUUCUUGGAGCGACGACGAACGUUGUAGUCAGCGAUCCCUUGUGGGUGCAGAAGGCCUUUCUGGGCGAGGGUCUCAACUACGCAUGUCGACCAGAGGACCAGACACUCGAUAUCUUCCCAGAGUCCUUGAUCUUUUCAAAGUUUGGACCUCGAGUCAUCAGAACCAGAAAGAUGCUGCACAACUUCGUCAGCGCCCCCGUUGCCCUCAAGGCUCUCGAAGACAGCAUCAUACGGCAAGAACGCCUGGAGACGCUUCGGGCGCUCCUGAGCUGGCCCUCUUCACAGCAGUGCAUCGCCAAGGAGCUCAUGACCCGGUGUACGCUGAAUGUGAUUGCACAACUGACUCUGGGCCGCCGAUGGGACGAUCCUAGCGACCCAGAGCUGCUGCGGCUCCGCAAUCUCCUCGACAGCGACUACAAGACAUUUGCCGAGUUCAAUCUGGCCAAUAUGUAUCCGAUGCUCAAGCCGCUUCCCCUCCAGGCCAAGCGCAACUUGCAGAAGCUGCGACAAAAGGCCAUUCCGAUCUUCAGCGAUCUCAUUGGCAAAGUUCGCCAGCAGAGAGCCGAGGGCAAUGCAGCGGCAGAGGAAAGCUUUGUGGGAUCGCUCUUGAAGAUACAGGAAGCAGGCGGGGACGACAGCAUGACUGACACCGAGAUGGUGAUGCUCCUCUCGGACAUGCUCACAGCUGGCUCGGAUACUACCGCCAUCACGCUGACCUGCCUCAUCGGAGCCGUCAUCUGCGACCCCGAGAUCCAAAGGAAGGCCCAAGAGGAGCUCGACGCUGUCCUCGGGAACUCACGACUGCCGUCCAUGGAGGACUUGCCGAACCUGCCAUAUCUGAACGCACUGGUGUUGGAGACACUGCGCAAAUACCCUGUGAUCCCGCUUGUUGCCAGAAGAUCAGCCAAAGACACCGAGAUUGCUGGUUAUGCGAUCGACGAAGGAGAUGUCGUCAUUGCCAACAUCUGGUCCAUCCACCACAACCCCAAGCUCUGGACGAGCCCCAACACCUAUGAUCCAUCUCGCUUCCUGCAUUCGGAUGAGUCGUCGCGGAUCAACCAGCCGUCCAAUAUGUUUGCUUUUGGUGAAGGCCGCAGGGUGUGUCCUGGAAUGAAGCUCGCAAAGCAGGAGGUAUUCCUGGUCGCUGGGGCGUUGCUCCAGUGCUUUGAAUUUUCUUCUGGAAGGGAAGAUGGCGCACUGCCAGAUCUGAAGUUGCAUUUUGGCAUUUCAUGCUGCCCAAGUCCGUUUCCGAUCGCCUUCAAGCUCCGGCCCGACAGAGAGCACCUGAUCCGGGAAGAAUGAGCAGCGGCACUGCAUGGAUCAUGGACGGUUGGCGUGCCCGGCCGUGUUGAGAGCCACCGGCAAUCGAUCGAGAUAACACAAUCGAUCGAGAUAAUACAAUCGGUCGAGACGAGCUCAGUAACGCAGGGUGUGAUACAGAGUAUUCGAGGGGGGGGGAUUGGUGGC